AUGAAAACAUUUAACACCAGCAGCGACUACGACGACUCUCUUGAUGAUGAUGUGAUGGCAUUUCAAAGAAGUUUACUGAAACAUUUGUUGAAUUGUUACAUGUGGAAGGAAAUGGAUAGAGUCAAGAGUGGUCAUGUAUUGUAUGAUUCGAUUCGGAAACAAUAUUUGAAAAAGCAACAAGAUGAAAAAACAAAACGGAAAUUGAGUGUUGAUCAUUUAUUAAAUCAUUCGGUGAAUGAUAUCUUUCUAUUUCAUAAGGCCAUGAUGUAA